UUGUGCACAUUUCACAAUGAGCCGCGUUCGGCGUUUGCCCUGCAGACAUUUUCGAGGUGUCAGCUUGUCGGAGAUGAAUCGUUCAAUGAGCGCUCACAUUCAGGAGAUACUCUUACGUCAUCUGUCCGGCCAAUCGGAGUGGACACAAGAGGGACUCUUCAGCCUAUGUUACAGGCUCCUCUUCAGAGCCGGCUACCUCACGCUGUUUGACAGCACGGAGAACGUCGCGGCGGUCUAUAGCGAGUUCCGCACAUUUGACCACCUCCUUUCCAAACUGGCUCGCUGCUCUCUCCGAGGAGGGGAGAGCAAGACAGCCCACUCGUCGCGCGAGCGACUGUGGGAGCUUCUGUCUCUGAGCAACGGGCACAACGACGACAGCGAGUGGCGGUCCUGGCAGCGGAGCUACCAGCGCUUCCUCCAGGAAGAGGGAGUGGAUGCUGACAUGCAGAGGAGAGCUCUCCUGCUGCAGCUGUGGAUUACACAAUGUAAUGCCGGACCAGCAGCCUUUUGGCUUCUCGGUUUCCUGCUCACUCACCCCGAGGCCAAGGAGGCGGUCCAAUCAGAGAUGAGAGGCCUUUGUCGCGAGGACGGCUCCGCCCGGGAGGGGCGAGCGAACAAGGCACCCAGUACACCCGUGUUAGACAGCGUUCUGAAAGAGACUCUAAGACUCACCGCCGCUGCAAUGAUCAGCAGAGAGGUGGUGAAAGACAAAGUCCUGCACAUGGCCGACGGGCGAGAGUACCGCCUCAGAAGAGGGGACAAAGUGUGUCUCUUCCCCUUCCUCAGCCCCCAAAUGGACCCGCAGAUACAUCCGGAACCUCAGGUUUUCAAGUAUGACCGCUUCUUAAAUGGCGACCUGACCGCCAGGGAAGAUUUCUACAAGGACGGUAGCAGACUGAAGUACUUCACCAUGCCCUGGGGUGCCGGGAGCAACGUGUGCGUGGGGAAAGACUUCGCUGUGACAACUAUUAAGAAGUGAGUGGUUUAAGAUGCGUAUCGCUCUGUCGUGUACGCACAGCGUCGCUGGCCGGGAGAUGACGUACUCGCCGUCAAAGCGUGCAGUUUCAUCUGACUUAAGAGAUCACAAUGGAUUACUGAAUAUUACUUAAUCCACUUUAUAUACUGUAGUAUUUCCUUAUACUGUUGAAUGAAGAGAAAAGUGUGGAGGGGAGGGA